GAGAUUCAGGGUCUCAGUGAUGUAUUUAUCCACAGAGUUUGGUGCUCAGCAUUGCGAAGGGCAUUAUGGAGAAAGAAGCCAUUCAGAUUAAGGUAGAUAAGGAGAAAUACCUGUCAGAAAACUGCCCCCCUCUGUCCCUUCCCGGAUCCACACAGGAACUGCAGGAACUGUGCAAGAAACUUCACCAGCAAAUCGACAAUAUUGAUGAGGAGAGAUAUGACUUGGAGGCCAAAGUGGGCAAGGCCAACAAAGAGAUUGAGGAUCUGAAGAUCAAGGUGGUCGACCUGCAGGGCAAGUUCAAGAAACCUGCGCUAAAGAAAGUGCGUCUCUCUGCCGAUCAGAUGCUCCAGGCUCUGCUGGGCUCCAAACACAAGGUGUCUCUGGAUCUGAGAUCCAACCUCAAACAAGUCAAGAAGGAGGUCAAAGAGGAGGUUGCAGAUGUCGGCGACUGGCGUAAGAACGUCGAGGACAAGGCCGGUAUGGACGGCAGGAAGAAGAUGUUCGAGGGCGAGUCCUAAAUUCCUGGACGUUUCUUUGUUUAUUUACCUUAGGGAUGUGUCUAAGGCUGUGCGGUCAUUUAUCUUUUUGCCAUAGUCGUAUGUCUUUUCUGCUUUCAGUGCCUCAAGUGAGCAUUUGUUUCAUGCAGCAUGUAUGUCCUGAAGGGAAUUAUGUAUCAUCGCAGAGCCACUACCAUUAAACGAAUGCUUUUGAGGAAAA